AUGAUUGCCUCAAGCACUGACACCCUGAGCAGCGUGCUCGGCUGGAUCUCAAUUGCCUGCUGGGCGGUAGUCUACUCUCCGCAGAUACUUGAGAACUACCACCUCAAGUCCGGCGAAGGCCUCUCCGUAUACUUCGUGCUUAUAUGGCUCGCAGGUGACAUCAGUAAUCUGGCCGGUAGCAUCCUUGCAAACCUCCUGCCUACAGUGAUCAUCCUAGCCGCAUACUAUAGCACCUGCGACAUCAUCCUGCUCUUUCAAAUUUACUACUAUCGGAGGACGAACAAGAAAACCCGCCUUCCAUCGGGGGCUACUGCAGAGACCGAUGUUGCCGAAGACACCCCUCUUCUCACAGCAGAAAGCGCUGCUCGGAGCACCAUCACCACCACCACCACCAGCCUGAAGCGUAAAAUACUGCAGUAUUCUGCGGCAAUUACAUUCAUCUGCGCCGCCGGUGUGGUGGCGUGGGCGAUAAGCGAAAAGAUGGACGAUGGUUCAGAACCUUCCGACCGCAAGGAGGUGCUCGAGUGGAAGAGUCAACUACUCGGUUGGCUGAGCGCCAUUCUAUUCUUGGGGGCUCGUGUACCGCAGAUACGGAAAAACUUCACGACCAAGUGCGAGGGCCUUUCACCGGGACUGUUCACUUUCUCGAUUAUGGGCAACGUGACGUAUGGGCUAUCUAUCAUCGUAACACUGCAAACGAUGGAGCAAUUCGUGGCGAACGCCGCCUGGUUGGCAGGCAGCCUUCUGACUGUAUUCUUGGAUGUGUUUGUGUUGUCCCAGUUUUUCUACUACCGGAGCGUGGAGAGGGUGUACAUGGGCGAGGAGCGGAGUGCUGUAGCGUAG